AGUGCAUGUUGACGUACCAUGCUGUACACUUUUGUGAUUUGAAUUUCGACUUUAUCGUCUUCGUGAGCUUAUUGACAGUAGCGUAGAAAUGAAUUAUGCGUGAUGUUUCUCGAUCUUGAUUUUCCUAUUUGUCGUGGUUGUUACUUUCAGUGCGCAAGAAAACGAUGCCAACAUCGAGGCGUAAUAGAAAAAUAGUAGAAGUUCAGACUCUCUAAAUGAGCAACCAUGCCGAGACCCGUACCUUCUCCGAUCAUGAUCAUCCCUGGUAGAAGCAGCCCGACCAUGCGCAAAGGAUGAGCGCCCCAGGAGGCGGUAACUACAGCAGCUUCAGUCAGUCUAGUCCUCCGAACAAUCGCAAUCGCCGGAUCUUCUCUGGGUUCCAGAUCGCCGCGCCGCCACUAAGUUCCCCACUCGGAAAUAACGAGCUCCUCGACAGUGUACGCAGUCCGACCAACCAGUUGCUGGACCGUAUAGGCGUUGAGACCAUGGAAGACCUGGAGCGAUGGAGUGCUCGUGCUGACGGGGUAGAAGGGGACAUCGUUGAAGCUGAUCCCACAACUGCACCAGGGAGCAAAGGCGGUUUUCCUGUCGCGGGGGGCAGCAAGAACUCGCACACUAGCCAGACGGAAGUUGAGUCCGCCGUUCCAUCCAAGCCCACGCUGACUCUCACGCACUUCUACAGCCUGGUGACGCCGCGGGACGAGUACGAUCCGCAGGACUCUGCGCAGCGAGAAUUUCUGAAUCACGACGAGGAUGGGAGUGCAGAGGUUUAUGAGGAUGCCGAGCAGUUUUUCGAGCUCGGAAGCAAUCCAGGAGCAGGAAUUAUCGAUCCUGAAAGGCGGACGGGCGAUAAAGUCAAAGUGGAACUUGUUGUUGGAACAGAAAACAAGAAGAACAGCACCGGAAGUAGCGGAAGCUCAGUUGACGACGCGCGGCUGGUUUCGAUGCUGAAUCACUUAGUUGAUCGCACGGAUAGCCUACUUGCGAAAACGCCAAUCGGUGACAGUGUACGGCUCCUUUCUGUUCCAACAACGCAACUGAGUGGGUCCCAGCUUGAUUUGGAUAGAACACGACCGGAGACGGCGAGCACAAUAUCCUCGCGCAGCGAGCACGAUGUUAGCCAGCGCCCGAACGAGCUGAGCUACACGACCGUGAUGGCGCGCUCGGAAGAAGUGCUGGCUCGAAAUAGACAGCAACAGAAGAAUCAAAGGGAAUACUUUAUUCCCGGAACCACGAUGGUUGUCGAAGAUGGAAGCACAGCUAUGGGCCAGGAACUUGACCAAUCGGCCACGGGUGGUGCUUUUUCGCAGAUAAACUCAUUUCCACCUAACAUGAACAGCCAGGGCGCAGAGCUCAGUAGAGGCAGCCCGUCAAGUCAAUCUGGUCCGGCGGGAAGUGAGAACCAAAUGAUCCGCAUCAUGCCGCUGACCUCAGUGGUGCGCAGGACGGACGAUGACGAAGAGGUGAUCGAGGCAGUCAGUGCCCGGAGCCAGGCCAGCGGGAAGGUUUUUGUGCAGCAGCUGACCACGGAUUCGAGUGCGCGGCUAACUUCGCCCGUGCUUCUUGCGAGCGGAAAUGCUGUACCCGAUCGCGCGACAGCCGGCAGCGGAGUUGCUUUAGGAGACAGCCCGGGGAAUCAUCUUUCGGUUGAUGAUCAUAGGAAUUCGCCGAAAGCGCCCGAGGGAUCCCCUCGCCUGGUCGGAGACGUGCUUCGCGUGAGCCGGCAGGACGACUCCGAUCCGGAGAAAUCCAACGACGAGGAGAGUAGCGUUCCGGUCGGCUUUCGUGGACAGUCGGAAGUUAUGAAAAGCAUUUUGGCUACUGGUGGUCCACCUGCAGCUAAUGGACUGGAGGACGCGCGCGACAGCGCAGGGAGCAUUGUCGCAGCUCUUCGAGAAGAUAGGAACCAUUCAACGAGCAAUAGAACGAACAGUAGCAAGGGCGAAAGUAUUUUUCUGGAUGAUGUUAGGAAAAGUCCACCGCCUUUAUUGCCUGCAAGACUAGACUCCACGAAGUCGUCCCAGGUGGAGGACGAUCUCGUCGGUGCUCGAGGACAAUCCCUGGUAACAAAGAACCUCCUCGAAGAGGGCCCGCCUGCGGAUAGUUUCGAGGAGGGUGCUGGCGAUGAUAAUAUCCUCCGGGACAGCGAGAUAAGUGUUUUCGCUGACGUUGCUGUAGUUGACAGGGGAAAUUCAUCUUCCAUCGGAACGAUGCCCAGCCUGCGAGCCUCCGACUCGAUAGCGUCUGUGCCAGAACUAGUGCCUGUUCGUGGUCAGUCCGCGAUCGCGAGGAACCUUCUCGAGAACGGCCCGCCGGAAGAAGACUCGCAGGACAACUUGCGAGAUAGCGGGCCGGCUUUUGGUCAGGCCGCCGGCAUGGCGACGAGUUCCUCGAACGUUGUUGGGAGCCAACGCUCCUCUGGGCCGUCGUCGUCCGGGGAGUCGCAUGUACGAGGAACUAGUUCGGCAGCUUCGGAGGUUGUGCAAGAGGACCUCCUCGAGCGCAGAACGACAGUAUUGAUGUCUGCCGCGGAGGCUGUCCUCUUUCCGGACGAUUUUCUGGAAGUAGACGAGGAAGACGAAAAAUCUGAGCCAAAAGCUCCAGUGAACAGAAACUCGAGCCGGACUUUCCCGGCGCGCGGGUCCUCGUCUGUUACACAUGCAAGCGACUACGUGACCGUCCGCGACAGCAAGGAGAGUGGCCGCGGAGAAAACGCGUCGGUGCGCAGUGACUCGCCGGAGUCGUCUCUGCUGAGUGCGUCGUUCACGUUUGGCGCCGGGGUCAGUCUCGAGCAGCGCUUGGGUGCUGGCUCGUCUGCUGCGAAAAGCCGGGGAGGUGACCAGCAAGGGGAGCGGAUGAGCGGAACAAACAAGGCAUCGAGCAGUUUGGAAAGUCGCUCGCCUUCCACUGCCAUAAUUGACGAAUUCCUGCAACCAAAACUGGGCGAGCCGCAGCGACUCAGCAGUCCGCUCCCGCAAAACCGUGUCGUGGCACCGACGGGUGUGGAGGGCGGAAAAAGUGAUGUGAUAAAUCCAGUUUUUGGAACGACUGGAGCAGGCUCUGACGCGGCGGUUCCAACCACGUUUAAAAAUGUUCCACCGGCCCCAGCACUUGUGAUGGGCCAGAACAACUCCCAGACGCCGCAGCAACGGACCCCGCCACCAGUUCCCCAGCUGCAGGUCGGCGCUCUUGGCAGCGCAGGAAACAUCAAACUUCCUUCGGACAAGAGAGGCUCACAGCCAGCAGACCCGCAGCGGUCUUCGCUUCCGCCCCAGGCGCUCUCUGGCCCGCCGUCAAGACCCGCAGAAGAAUUUCGCCCUCAGCAGCAGUUCCAAAAUCAGAAGCCUGGCGCGGCUAAAAGGCCCUCGCAACCCGGGGAACCAAGCAGGUCGUCCGUGCCACAGCCCGCUCUUAGAAGUGGCGUUGUUGGGUACGACCCCCAAGAAUACUUAGUAUCGGGAGCAGAAUACGCACAGCAGCAAGAACAGCAGCAGUAUGGUUUUUACGGCAAUCAAGCAGCAGCGCCACAAGCGUCGUCUCCCUACUCGUCUCCGUAUGCAGCGUACAACUUCGAGGCAGACCAGGAAGACCAGCCGCUACUCAUUGGGGCGAGCCGAGCCCGGUUUUUGCGAAACCGCGGACAAGCCGCGCCGGGCCCGUUUUCGGCGCACUUGUACGACGCAGCGGGGAAUUUCAUCGGGGAUCCGGCUCUCGCAGUGACUCCGAACACGCGCAGUGCGAAUACGAGCAGGGGGGCGAACCAGCUCCAGAACAGAUCACGAAGAAAAAAGACGUUUCUAGAGUAUUUCUUACGGCAGGUGCGGAAGCCGGAAGUAAUUUUGCUCGCGGUCUGGUGGGUCAUCAUGUUUUCUUUGCUCCUGGUCCUGGCUGAUUUUUGGAGCUUGCUAGUGGAAAUCUGGAAACCCCUUGCAUUCUUAAUCACUCUACCCGCUUGCUGUCUAGUCAUACUGUUAGUUGUUACCCUGUAGCACUAGGUUGUUCAUCCUGGGGGGUGUCAAGUAGUUACAACGAUUUCACCGCAUGGUAGUAGAGGAGGGAAGUGAUGUUUUCGAAUUUUGCUUCUUCUGGAGCAGGAUUUUUCGAUUACUCCUUUUCUCCUUAUAGCUGUAACUUGCGCAUGGACACAUACGUUCUUUGCAAUCGGG